CGACCGGCCGCGCCCCAGAGUUCCUCGCGAAUAAGCCACCCCUGCUCGGGCUCGCCGCGGCGCCGGAAGUCGAGCGAGCGCUGGCGCCGCUCGGCCCUUUGCCCCGGCCCGCCAUGGCCGUGGCUACCGUGGCGGCGCUCUUGGCCGCGGUGGGUGGGGCGCUGUGGCUGGCGGCCCGGCGCUUCGCGGGCUCGGGCGGGCCGCGGUUGCACGGAGGCGGGGACUCGGGCCUCAUGCACGGCAAGACGGUGCUGAUCACGGGGGCCAACAGCGGCCUGGGCCGCGCCACGGCCGCCGAGCUGCUGCGCCUGGGCGCGCGGGUCAUCAUGGGCUGCCGGGACCGCGCGCGCGCCGAGGCGGCGGCCGGGGAGCUGCGACGCGAGCUCCGGCCGCCCGGGGACCCCGCUGGCGGCCCCGAGCCCGGCGGGCCCGGCGAGCUGGUGGUCAAGGAGCUGGACCUCGCGUCGCUGCGCUCCGUGCGCGCCUUCUGUCAGGAGAUGCUCCAGGAAGAGCCUAGACUGGAUGUCUUGAUUAAUAACGCAGGGGUCUUCCAGUGCCCUUAUAUGAAGACUGAAGAUGGGUUUGAGAUGCAGUUUGGAGUGAACCAUCUCGGACACUUCCUGCUCACCAAUCUACUCCUUGGGCUCCUGAAAAGUUCAGCUCCCAGCAGGAUUGUGGUCGUUUCUUCCAAGCUUUACAAGUACGGAGACAUCAACUUUGAAGACUUGAACAGUGAGCAAAGUUACAAUAAAAGCUUUUGUUACAGCCGGAGCAAACUGGCUAAUAUUCUCUUUACUAGAGAACUCGCCCGCCGCCUAGAAGGCACCAAUGUCACUGUCAAUGUAUUACACCCCGGGAUUGUAAGGACUAACCUUGGGAGGCAUAUCCACAUUCCCCUGUUGGCCAGGCCACUUUUCAGUUUAGUGUCAUGGGCGUUUUUCAAAACUCCUGCUGAAGGUGCCCAGACUUCAGUUUAUUUGGCCUCUUCCCCUGAGGUAGAAGGUGUUUCAGGGAAGUACUUUGGGGAUUGUAAAGAAGAACAACUAUUGCCCAAAGCUAUGGACGAUUUAGUUGCUAGAAAACUCUGGGAUAUCAGUGAAGUAAUGGUCGGCUUACUGAAAUAGGAUAAGGAGUUAAGAGAAUACCUUAUAAAACUGGAUGUCAGGGGCUGGAGUGAUAGCACAGCGGGUAGGGCGUUUGCCUUGCACGCGGUCAACCCGGGUUCGAAUCCCAGCAUCCCAUAUGGUCCCCUGAGCACUGCCAGGGGUAAUUCCUGAGUGCAGAGCCAGGAGUAACCCCUGUGCAUCGCCAGGUGUGACCCAAAAAGCAAAAAAAAAAAAAAACUGGAUGUCAGUUAUAUCAGUAAUCAGGAAUGGUGGUGUGGUUUGAGCACUUGCUACUUGAAAAUAAUUUUGGUUUAAUAAUAGUACUGCCAAGAACUGAGAUGUGUGCAUAUUUGGAAUUUUCCAAAUGUUUAUUUUUUGAGGCGAUAUAUCAAAAUAUGUACUUAUAUAUGCAGUAAAUAUGAACAAUAAGUAUAAUUUAAAACUGUAAGUGAACAAGCAUGGGUUAUAAAUAUUAAAGGAGUUAUUGACUUAAAA